GCGAGGAAGAGGAAGAUGCCUUGGGCCCCCCAGGCAGGCCCCGAGCUGAGGACGGAGAGCCCGGAGGACAAAUCCCCUCGUGAGACCCUGGUGGGAGAGGCUAUUUUGAAGGGCUCCCUGGCGCAGGAAGGCAGCGGGGAGGAAAAGGGCCGGAGAUCCCCCCACAGGAGGGGCUCCAAAGCCAUCCCAGGGUGCUCUGAGGAGGAAAGAGCCAGCCUGUGCCAGGAAGGCGGCUGGAGCUUGAGGGGGAGCUCUGAGGUGGUGGUCCCUGAGCAGCCUCCCAGCAGGGAGAAGCCCUUCAGGUGCUUGGAAUGUGGGAAGAGCUUCAGGAAGAACUCCCACCUGAUCCGACACCAGCACAUCCACACUGGGGAACGGCCUUACCCGUGUGGGGAAUGUGGGAAGAGCUUCAACCAAAGCUCCAACCUCCGCAAACACCAGCACAUCCACACUGGGGAACGACCAUAUGAGUGUGUGGAAUGUGGGAAGAGCUUCAAGGACAGCUCCAGCCUGAUCCGACACAAGCACAUCCACACUGGGGAACGGCCCUACAAGUGCUUGGAAUGUGGGAAGAGGUUUCUGACCAGCUCAGAUCUCCUUGUGCACCAGCGGACGCACACGGAUGAGAGGCCCUUCCGCUGCACCGACUGCGGGAAGGGCUUCAACCGGAACGGCCACCUCAUCAAUCACUGGCGCAUCCACACUGGGGAGAGGCCCUACAAGUGUGGGGAGUGUGGGAAGAGCUUCACCGAGAGCUCUACCUUGACCAAACACCAACGGACCCACCAGUAAGGGAAGCCCUACCAGUGCCCUGACUGUGGGAAGAGCUUUGACCGUAGGACUGACGCGCAAAAAAGG